AUGAUCGAUGGGGACCAGGCUGGCAACAAGCUGCUCAGCAAGGGCAGCCGCUGGCGGACCAAGUACUUCGCCAAAGACGACGCCGCGGCCGAGGAGCAGCCCAAGGCGAAGCGCGCCGACACGUUCAAGCUCAACGAAGACGUCAACGACUUCCUCAAGCCGUCGACCGAGAAGGCAAACGCCCAGCAGCAGGCCACCGCCGCCUUUCUCGCAGCGAAGCCCCGCAUCGACGUUGCCCGCGCCCAGCGGUGGCCCGGCGCCCAGGAGAUCCUCAGCAGCGCUGCAGCAAACGGCAAGAGCCCUGGCCCUGGCGGCCUGCGGACGGCCACGCGCAAGAGGGGGCUCACCGUAAACUUCGCCCGCACGCAGCCAGAUGUCAUUGGUCGUGGCGGCGACGAGUGUGAGGAGCCGUCGCUGGAGGUCUCGCGGCGCAAGAAGGCGAGCAGCGUGUCGGACGUGGACCGCCUGCAGACCCAGAGCACACAGGACGAUGCGAAUGUCUCAGCCCGGACACCCCAGUUCAACGGCAUGACCCGUUCCGAUUCGCAGACGUCCCAGACCGCAGCGCCGAGGAACAGCUUCACACGCACCCUCACCAACCAGGGCGAGAUGUCACCGCCGCUGCAGAAGAAGCUCGAGAUGGGCAACAUCAACACGUAUGCGCACCCACCGCCUCCAGCCCCGCAGCGCAUGGGCCCAAUGGGUCUUGGAGAGCGCCCCAAGGUCCUCUCGAGGGCGCCGACUGGCUUCGACCUCAUGCAGAACGAGCCCCCGGCCGCGCGACGCCCCAGCAAGGACUCUGCGUACUCUGCAUUCUCGCAAGACUCGGACAACAACGUAUCGCCGGUAGCCGAGAGGAAGGCACCCGUACUACCACCCACACAGGAAGAGGAGGACGACUUCAGGCCAAAACCUCUCAAGCGAUCACAGACAGGCUUCACGGACAUAGUUGACGACUCGGACGACUCCUCGUUAGAGCAGGUGUCUUCAGCUCCUCAGAUACCACGAUUGCCUGAGAUGCGCUUUGUCGAACAGGAGGACGAUUCGCCGUUGGAAUCAAGAGCUCUGUUGGCUGAGCGCUUCCUGCAGAGCGAGCCAGAGGAUCCAGAUUCCUUCUCUGCCAAAGUGAAGCACAAGAUGAGGGCGGAGGAAGGGCGAGCGCUGCACGAGGCACAGCAGCGUGCUGCAGAAGGGAAGCGUGGUUCAGACACGAGCUCCUUACAAUCAGAUCCCUUCCAGGUUGGGACUCCACCAUCGACCUACAAUGCGUACAUGGGCGGUAGAACACCACCGUCAGCACCACCAGUUCAGCCAUCACGCCAGUCACCACCACAAAGUCAACCUAUCCAACCAACUCAGCAAUCACCUCCAAGAGGUUUGGAUGCAGAGGACCCAUACCGGUCAAGAGCACGCGGGCCAUCACCAGGACGGAGACCAAUGCCUCCAGGAACCUUUCCGCUAGACACCGAUCCGCAUCAACCGUCGUCCUCAGUCUCGACACAUCAGAGCAGACCCUCCGAUGCACGAUCAUCACCUGGCAGAUCAGAAGCUUUCUCGGCCAAACCCCCUCAAUCUGCUGCAGAUGAGCUUCACCUAAACACGCCAUCAGCUCUACAACCUGCUAAGCCACCGGCGCAAGCACAACCGCCACCGCCUCAGCCUAAGAAACAAGGCUCUGUUUCGCACUCACAGAACUCAUUCUCGCACUCCCAAGGCUCACAAGGCUCCAUCUCACACCCCUCUGAACCAGCAUUUACCAUACGACCAAGACAGGAUAUCAGCAUGAGGCUAGGAGGUUCUCUCGCUCGUUCGGAUACAAGGAUGCUUGGCGAUGCUGCGUUCAAGGACUUUGCGGAGCGUGUCAUUCACAUGAAUGGUAUCUUUGCGUUGACAGCACAGCUCGGGGGCAACAUUCACGACCGCUCACCUACGCAGUGGGCUCGAGUUGCGACUUGGUGGUUCUUGAAGGGCCGUGCUGGUAUGGAGAACCUGAUCAGGAGUCGACCCAAGACUGCAGAGCCGCAGCAGGAACGUCUCACCCAGCCACACGUCGACCUGGCCAAAGCUUUGUGGAUUUGUGUUGAGGUCCUUCCGGGACACCCGGCUUUGAGCCAGUACGCUGGUCAGUCCGAAGAUGCCAAGCCUGAUGUAGCCAGACAAGCUGGCGAUAUUGCAGCCACUGAAGCUUUCGAGAUCAAGAAUGCGAUCUUUCACUAUAUGAAGCUGCUGACUGGAUCGAUGAAGAAGCAUCAAAGUAUGCCUCCGACAGCAGCUCUUAUUCAAGGCCAGAAUCAGAACAUAUGGGAAGAAUACCCAAGGUUCGACCCAAUUGCCGCAAGUGUACUUUCUGGAGCCAAGUACAAGCAGACGAGGAACGGACCGCAGUCGCAGCAGCCAAGCUUGUCACAAUACUUGCCUUUGACUGACACAAAGAACGAGUUCUGCUACUUCAGGAUGUUCGCCACAGCUACCAUGUUGACCGACGACGCCAACACUGGCGGUGCGCCCAUGCCUGCCGCCAUCACCGUACUGCGCUCCAAGGAGGAGUACGCGACCAAGCUGGCCAUCUGCAGCCAGAACGAAGACCUCAACCUGAUUGUAGGGUUGAACGCCGCUACCGGACCGACCUGGAAGGACGUUAGUUGGAAAAAGCAGUCACGUCAGCUCAGCCUCCAGUUGCACCACGGGUUCGUCCUCAGACUCGAGUUGAAUGAGGGCGAUUGGCGCAAUCUGUGGGCCAUCGUGGACCACACCAACCGUGUCGAAUCCAGCAUGAGAGAGCGAGCGAACGAACGCUUCUCCGGCAAGCUUUACCUGCGGGAAGCAAGCUACAAAGACCCGGCGAACCCAGCGGCCUUUCCACCAGAACGUGUGCACGGCUGCAAGCUCAUGGUGUUUGAAAAGUUCGAUCGCAGUAGCGAAGGUACAGGGAAGCGCAAGCUGCACCGCGGCUACAGACUGGUGUUGGUCACAGCACAGAAGAACAAGCAACUGAGCUUCGUCGAACACGAACUAGGCACGAAGCAAGAACCCAUGAACUUCGAAUACGUCACCGAGAACGACCAGUCGCCAGCAAUGAGGUUGCACUUCCGCGAAGGCGCUGCGGAACAGAGACCUAGAGUUUGCACAGUACAUCUCGUCUUCCAAGAUGCUAAUGACCGAAACCACUUGUUUGGCACUUUCACGUCGAUGAAUAUUGCGCCUGGUGAGAUGACGUUUGCUCAGGUGCCCCUCAAAUCUUUCAGCAUCGAGAGCGCAGAUCAGGCAGACGCGUUUAGCGCAGUCGGCAGUCGCGUUCUCGAAAAGCUCCAGUGGCAGGAAGCAAAGACAGUGAACCAGGACCCAGAAGCCGCAGGCCUAGAAGCCGCACCGACUGUGAUGAGUGAGAGUCUGAGAAUCGUUUGCCGGCACAGCGCUGGCAUUAUAUCCGAUCGCAUGAACCUUGGUCCUGGCGAAAUCCUAGUCCGCCUCCCAACCGACGGCGCCGCAGACCUCACACUCCUCCGCAACCCUCAGCAAGACAUGGCCGUCGCAGUCGACAGCAGCCGCACCGACAAAGAUGUCCCUGACGCGCUCGCUGAACUCCUCCGCACGCUAACAAACGCAUCCACAAUCCGCCGUUUAGCAUUCAACUCGUUCAAAGACUUACACGCCUUCCAGCUCGCAGUCACUGGUUUCGAGGUCAAAUUCGAUGGCAUCGCAAGCACAUUCUCCAUCUCCCGCCGGCGCAUGGUAGUCCCCAUCUACAAGCAAUGGACUGCCAACACAAUCCGCCUCCAGAUUGUGCACCAAGACAACGUCGUCCAACUCCUCGCCUUUUUUGAAGACUUCUCGCACGCCGACGCCAUGAACUUCCGUCUCUCGUCCAUGGACACGUUCGAGAAGAAGGACAGCGGCGGCAAAUUCGGUCUGAAGCUGGUCGACGCCAAGUUUGCGCUGCCUGUGGAUCAGCGCAGAGGAGAAGGGAAGAUGCAGAAGGCGGAGGGUAGGCUGACGGGUUGGGUCGGCACGAAGAGGAGGUUUGUGUGUCUUGAUGAAAUUGAGUAUCCGGGUGAGCAUGACGAUAUUCUGAUUAUGUUUGAUUCGGCUGAAGCACGAGACCUCUUCGCCGACGCGCUACCCGCGGCAACUAUGGAACGCAAGUUCACCGUCCGACGCAAGAUCUGAGUCUUCCUUCACGCCCACAGCGAUGUCGACUGCGACCCAUACCUUCUUCCCACGCGCAAAGCGGCGAGCCAAACAGAGCUCGUCCGCUGCUCUUUGAUUUCCUUUGUCUUAUCUCCUUUGCAUACAAGUCAGCAUCAUCGGGUCGCGUCCCUUCCCUUGCUCCCGAGGGGCUCGCAAGAUACCACAAACGGGCGUUUGGGUAUUGUCAUCAGUUUUGUUCGAACGUGCUUCACUAUUAGGGAUGCACAUGCGAGACUGUCGUUUACUUUCUUUUCGAAUUGUUGCAUGACCGGGCGUCACUGCAUUGAUUGCAAUUGCAU